AUGAAUAACAUGAUGAGUGACCACGGGUUACACUCAAGGGAGAGGUUGCUGAUCCCUGUAAGCAAACCAGAUCUUCUCAUCAAUGUUACAUGCUACAUAGAAUUGGAUAUCUACGCCAAAAGGGAAGUGGCAGUACUCUAUCUCGAUGGUGGCCCUGAUAGAAAGCUCAACUGUUUAUUGAAUAGGGUGACUUCUGACCGUGGCAAGAGAAGGCUAGUUGACUCCUUGAAGAAAAGCAUGCAGGUCGAUGAUGGAACUGCUCAAUACUACCUGUCUGUAUCAAAUGGUGACCCUCGAGCUGCACUCACAGAAUUCUCCGAGGAUCUUAGAUGGGAAAGGCAGGUGGGAUUGUCCUAG